GUAAUCGCCUCCGAGCGCCCGGACUGGGAUGGCGGCCGUUUUGGAGUCGUUGCUGCGAGAGGAGCUGUCGGUCGCAGCCGCCGUGCGGUGGAUCGCGCGCAGCGCCCAGAGCUCGGAGGAUGACCCUGGGGAGGCGGCCGCGCUGAUCUCACUUAGGCCGCUGCGGAAGGAAUUCGUGCCAUUCCUGCUGAACUUCCUGAGGGAACAGAGCAGCCGCGUCCUCCCGCAGGGCCCCCCAACCCCCGCCAAGGCCUCGGGCUCCUCGGCAGCCUUGCCAGGGAGACCCGGGGGCCCACCGCGGGGCGGCCGCGGGGCGCGCAGCCAGCUCUUCCCUCCGACCGAGCCUUCGAACGCCACCGCCGCUGAGGCCCCUUCGGCCCGCCGUGGGGGCAGGAGGCGGGGCCCGGGGCCGGCCCGUGAGCGAGGAGGCCGCGGCCCCGGGGCCCUGGAGGAGGGGGUCAGCGGGGAGAGCCUGCCCUGGGCCGUGGGCCGGAGGCCCAAGAGCUCUGGCGGCCCCGGCAGCCCCAGCCUCGCCCGCUCUGAUCCGCCAAACCUCAGCAACCUGGAGGAAUUCCCUCCCGUAGGCUCGGUUCCCUCCGGCUCUGCAGGCAGGACCAAGCCUUCACGCAGGAUCAACCCAACUCCGGUGAGCGAAGAGCGGUCACUCUCCAAGCCCAAGACUUGCUUCACCUCACCCCCAAUCAACUGUGUCCCCAGUUCCCAACCCCCAGUCCUGGACACUAGCCCUUGGGGCCAUGGCCUUCCCCCAGGGUGCAGAAGUCUGCAAGAGGAGCGGGAGAUGCUCAGGAAGGAGCGCUCUAAGCUGCUGCAGCAGUCACCUGCUCCCGCCUGCCCCACCCCAGAGUCAGGAUGUCCUCACCCCAGCCGGACAGGAAACCUCACAGCUGAACCCGCUGACCCUGCCAGAGUAUCCUCCCGCGAGCGUCUGGAGCUGGUAGCCCUUGUCUACUCUUCAUGCAUUGCAGAAAACCUGGUACCAAACCUCUUCUUGGAGCUUUUCUUCGUCCUUCAGCUCCUUACUGCCCGGAGGAUGGUGGCUGCCAAGGACAGUGACCUUGAACCAAAUCCAGGAGCCGUAGAUUCCCUGGAAAGCCCUCUGUUCCAGAGUGUCCAUGAUUGUGUCUUCUUUGCAGUGCAGGUUUUGGAGCAUCAGUUUCACGUUCUUUCCCACCUGGACAAAGGGACCUUGAAGCUGUUGGCUGAGAAUGAACGGCUACUGUGCUUCUCACCAGUUCUGCAAGGCCACCUGCGAGCUGCCUACGAGGGCAGUGUUGCCAAGGUCUCUCUGGCGAUGCCACCUUCUGCACAAGCUGUCUCCUUUCAGCCAGAAACUGACAAUCGUGCCAACUUCUCCAGUGAUCGAGCCUUUCAUACUUUUAAAAAACAGAGGGAUGUGUUUUAUGAGGUGCUUCGAGAGUGGGAAGAUCGCCAUGAGGAGCCUGGCUGGGAUUUUGAGAAGGGCUUGGGCAGCAGGAUCAGAGCCAUGAUGGGUCAACUCUCUGCAGCCUGCAGCCACAGCCAUUUUGUUCGACUUUUCCAAAAACAACUUCUCCAGAUGUGUCAGAGUCCUGGUGGUGCUGGGGGCACUGUCUUGGGCGAGGCUCCGGAUGUGUUAAAUAUGCUUGGAGCUGACAAGCUGGGGCGGUUGCGGCGCCUACAGGAACGGCUUGUGGCCCCUCAGAGCAGUGGGGGGCCCUGCCCUCCCCCCACCUUCCCAGGCUGUCAGGGCUUCUUCAGGGACUUCAUCUUGAGUGCCAGCAGCUUCCAGUUUAAUCAGCAUCUCAUGGAUAGCCUGAGUUUGAAGAUCCGGGAGCUCAACAGCCUUGCCCUGCCUCAGCCUGAGCCCAGUGAUGAAGACGGGGAGUCAGACGUGGACUGGCAGGGUGAACGGAGGCAGUUUGCUGUGGUGCUGCUUAGCCUGAGGCUUCUGGCUAAAUUCCUGGGCUUUGUGGCUUUCCUGCCAUACCGGGGGCCCGAACCACCCCCGACCCGUGAGCUCCAGGACACCAUUCUGGCCCUGAGGAGCCAGGUGCCCCCGGUCCUGGAUGUGCGGGCUCUGCUGCAGCAGGGGCUGCGGGCCCGCCGAGCAGUGCUCACAGUGCCCUGGCUGGUGGAGUUCCUUUCCCUGGCUGACCACAUCGUCCCCAUGUUGGACUAUUACCGCAGCGUCUUCACUCUCCUGCUGCACCUGCAUCGGAGCUUGGUCUUGUCAAAGGAGAGUGAAGGGGAGAUGUGUUUCCUGAACAAGCUGCUGCUGCUGGCUGUCCUGGGCUGGCUUUUCCAGAUUCCUACAGUCCCUGAGGACCUGUUCUUUCUGGAAGAGGGUCAGUUGGAUGCCUUUGAGGUGGACACAGUAGCUUCAGAGCAUGGCUUGGACAGCAUGCCUGUGGUGGACCAGCACCUGCUCUACACUUGCUGCCCCUAUAUUGGGGAGCUCCGCAAACUGCUCGCCUCCUGGGUAUCAGGAAGCAGUGGACGGAGUGGGGGCUUCGUCAGGAAAAUCACCCCCACCACCACCACUGGCCUGGGAGCCCAGCCUCCCCGGACCACCCAAGGGCUGCAGGCACAGCUGGCUCAAGCCUUUUUCCACAACCAGCCGCCCUCCCUGCGCAGGACUGUGGAGUUCGUGGCAGAGAGAAUCGGCUCGAACUGUGUCAAGCAUAUCAAGGCCACACUGGUGGCAGAUCUGGUGCGCCAGGCAGAGUCGCUUCUUCAAGAGCAUCUGGUGACGCAGGGACAGGAAGGGGGAGAUCCAGCCCAGCUGUUGGAGAUCUUGUGUUCCCGGCUGUGCCCUCACGGGGCCCAGGCAUUGACCCAGGGGCGGGACUUCUGCCAAAAGAAGAGCCCUGGUGCCGUGAGGGCAUUGCUCCCUGAGGAGACCCCGGCAGCCGUUCUGAGCAGUGCAGAGAACAUUGCUGUGGGGCUUGCAACAGAGAAAGCCUGUGCUUGGUUGUCAGCCAACGUCACAGCGCUGAUCAGAAGGGAGGUGAAAGCGGCUGUGAGUCGCAUGCUUCGAGCCCAGGGUCCUGAGCCAGCUGCCCGGGGGGAGCGGAGGGGCUGCUCCCGUGCCUGUGAGCACCAUGCUCCCCUCCCCUCCCACCUCAUCUCCGAGAUAAAAGACGUGCUCUCUUUGGCCGUGGGGCCCCGGGACUCUGAGGAGGGAGUUUCCCCAGAGCAUCUGGAGCAGCUUCUAGGCCAGCUGGGCCAGAUGCUGCGGUGCCGCCAGUUCCUGUGCCCACCUGCUGAGCAGCAUCUGGCGAAGUGCUCUGUGGAGUUAGCAUCCCUCCUUGUUGCAGAUCAAAUUCCUGUCCUAGGGCCCCCGGCACAGCAGCAGCUUGAGAGAGGGCAGGCUCGAAGGCUCCUGCUCAUGCUGGUUUCCCUGUGGAAGGAGGACUUUCAAGUGCCGGUUCCGCUGCAGCUGCUGCUGAGGCCAAGAAACGUGGGGCUUCUCGCAGCUACUCGGCCGAGGGAGUGGGACCUGCUGCUGUUCUUGCUCCGGGAGCUGGUAGAGAAAGGUCUGAUGGGACGGAUGGAGAUAGAGGCCUGCCUAGGCAACCUCCAUGAGGCCCAGUGGCCCAGGGAUUUCUCUGAAGAAUUAGCAACACUGUGCAACCUCUUUCGAGCUGAACCCCAUGUGCUACAACCUCAGCUAAGAGCUUGUGAGCUGGUGCAGCCAAACCGGGGGACUGUGCUGGCCCAGAGCUAGGGCUGGCAAGCGGCCCUACCUUGGGCAUCUCACCAGAGCGCUGGAACCCAGCCUGACUGUGCCUCGGGAGGAGGCCCCAGAGCCACCCCAAGUGCCCACCCUCACCCUUGCUGGUGUGGAAGUAGCUCAGUCUGUCAUCAGGCUUCCUGCUCACGUGUGAAGGAAGAGAGUGGCAGCCUGGCAUCCCCGUGACUGCGGGCUCACCAUGCCAAGUCCUAAAGGAAGAAGGAGGGGGUCACCCGAUUCAGGAUUACGGUGGAAGACCCUAGAGACUCCAGUCCUGGAGAAGAAGAGUUGGCAUUUAUUAUGAAAUGAUGUGUGGGGGCUUGUCAACACAAGACUCAAGCCCCACUUGCUGCUGUCCCAGCAUCUCUUAGAACUUUGUGCUUUGGGAAAUCAUGACAGAGGGAAGUGACUUCUGCUUAACUUGUGAGUAAAGUUAAACAUGAAUCUCGGGAGUCUACAUUUUCUUACCACCAGGAGCUGGACUGCCAUCUCCUUAAAAACGUACAACAAAUGUGGGGCUCGCCCGACAGAAACCUGCCUUUUACCUUGCACCCCGCCUGCCUUCAGUCCCGUGCAGGUAGUAACUUUUGACUCUAGCUUAAUCCAGGGGCCAAGCACGGGCAGAACAUUAGAGCUUUUUAAAAUAAACUGUUUUUUUUA